CACUGCGCGACCAGGAAACGGCGCUGCUGUUCGGUUUGUUUGCUGUCGGCUUGUCCUUCACGUUCCUCUGGAAAACGUUACAAAAGUUUCGUGUUUGUUGGUUUUACUGUGACGUUUUUGUGCUUUAUGAAAAUUAGAAGUCUCAGACAAGGAAGGCCGAAGUGUUUGUUAUUCAUCUUUCAUUACUAAACGCAGUGAUGGCAGCUCCAAACGCUACUGAAAGAAAGGCUUGUUGGAACGCCAAGGACCACCUCUGGCAGUGUUUAGACGACAACAAUGACAAAAUUCAACCCUGCCAGAAGUUCCAGAGUGAAUUUGAGGCUAAAUGUCCUGCUCAGUGGGUGAAAUAUUUCACCAAGCGGAGAGACUACCUGAAAUACAAAGCCAAGUUGGAGACAGAAGGGUUCGUCCCUGCUCAAGACAAGGAAAACUCUUAACCCCCAACAGCUCCAAACUGACUUUGAACCAUUUCUGCAUAUAUUUGUUGGGGGAAAAUGCUGCAACAGUGAAUCCAAACAGCAGAAUGUCAAUAAAUCCUGUUGGAUUUUUCUAAUUAGUACUUUCAGUGUUAUUUAUUCUAACACUGUUUUAAUGUUGAUGUGUCUCUUGUUGGUAUGCUGCUUCUGUGAGGAUUACAGUUUUUGUGGACAAAACAAGGCUUUGUGUGUGAAUAAAUCCAAACAGCUGAAUGAUGUUGAUUUUAUUAAACGUGUUUCAUUCUA